GGCAUGGACAGAAUUAACCAGUCCAGUGUCACCGAAUUCCUCCUCUUGGGUCUCUCUGAGAGCCCAGCGCAGCAGCCUCUCCUGUUUGACAUCUUCCUGGGCAUGUACCUGGUCACUGUUUUGGGGAACCUGCUCAUCAUCCUGGCCAUCAGCUUUGACCCUCACCUUCACACCCCCAUGUACUUCUUCCUGGCCAACCUCUCAUUUGCCGAUGCCUGCUUUUCUUCCACUACAAUCCCCAAGAUGCUGGUGAACAUCCAGACACAGAGUCAGACCAUAUCAUAUGGGGGUUGCUUGACCCAGAUGCAGUUUUUCAUGAUAUUCGGGGCACUGGACGACUUCCUCUUGGGGGUGAUGGCUUAUGAUCGCUAUGUGGCCAUCUGCAAGCCUCUGCACUACUCCACACUCAUGAGUCCUCUUGUGUGCGUGCUUUUCCUCAUGGCAUGCUGGGUCCUCACCAUCCUCGCUGCCCUCUUACACACCCUGCUUGUGGCUAGGCUUUCUUUCUGUGCAGGCAACACCAUCCAUCACUUCUACUGUGACAUAGUCCCUCUGCUGCAGCUCUCUUGCUCAGACACCAGCACCAACCAUGUAGCCUUGUUCACUGUGGCCUCCAUGAUACUUACUGGCCCUCUCUUCCUGAUUAUCUUGUCAUAUGCACACAUCAUCUCCUCUAUCCUCAGGGUCCCAUCUGCCUCUGGCAGGCAAAAGGCCUUCUCCACUUGUGGGUCCCACCUCACUGUGGUCUUCUUGUUCUAUGGCACAGCAAUCGGUGUCUAUCUGUGCCCGCCUUCGUCACACUCAGGGGGGAAGGACAAGGUUGCAGCUGUAUUUUACACAGUGGUGACUCCCAUGCUCAACCCCUUCAUUUACAGCCUCAGGAACAAUGACAUGAAGACUGCACUGAGAAGGCUUUUUGGACUUCACAACUGUCUUCCCAGGGACUCUAAUCUUGUAUCCGUAUUUUGA